CAUUGACUGCGUUGUGUGACGUGCAUGCCGAUACCAUUAUAAAAGUCUCUUCGAAAAUCUGACUUCACAACUUCUGACAUUUUAUUCUGACGAUGGCUCUAAGUGCUGAAGACUGUGCUGCGGCUUGCAAAGAGCCCGACGAUGCCACGAAAGACUUUCUUUUCCAACAAACUAUGUACCGAAUCAAGGACCCGAAAGCGUCGUUGGACUUUUACACGCGGGUCAUGGGCAUGCGACUUUUUAAACGCUUCGACUUCCCAGCGAUGAAGUUUUCCUUGUUCUUCAUGGGUUACGAUGUCGCCGAGAAUAUCCCGAAGGAUGAAACUGAAAGGACGCGAUGGUGUUUCAGCCAGAAAGCCACGCUGGAACUGACUCACAACUGGGGUACGGAAGAUCAAGAGGGGCCAGUAUACCACAAUGGUAACUCGGACCCAAGGGGGUUUGGGCACAUCGGCAUUGUCGUACCGGACGUCGACAAAGCGUGUGAGAGGUUCGAGAAGCUAGGCGUCGAGUUCAUUAAGAAGCCGAAUGACGGCAAAAUGAAAGGACUUGCUUUCAUCAAAGAUCCCGAUGGUUACUGGAUUGAAGUUCUAAACCCUAACAACAUGGCUGGCUCGACCAAGUCUCAAAUAUGACAUUUAUACUGAGGUCAUAUGGACUAUAAUGCCUAGCUCUGUACCUAGCUCUGUGUUAUGUAUGCUGUCACAGCUGUGAUAGUAUAUGUAAUCUCAUCCCUUUAGAGCUAAUAAUACUGUACAUGAGGUCAAAUAAUGUCUUAAAAUACCAUGCAAGAAAGAAUAGAUGGAGAUAAACUAACAGGAUUUUUUUUUUUCAAAUGUACGUUUCGUGCCUGACUAUACUGUUAUGGGUUAAUGUACACCUUGUGGACAGUUGUAAAGGCUAGGUUGAUCCUUUUGUUAGCCAAUGAGCACAUAAGAUGCUAAUUAUGAAAUGAGGGUUUUUCAAUGAAUAGACUGUCACCCUACCUUGUGUGUAUUUCCUUUUAUAAUAAUCUGUUACAAUUAUUGAUGAAUGUCAAUGUGAUUUUUUACACAAACUAGUAUUUCCAAAAGUGUUGUCAGGGCACUUUUGUCUCUAAUGUAAAUACAUGCUUCUCAGGCUGUAUGUAAAUGUGUUUUGUACAGAACAGCCCAUAUGUAUAUAUAUAUGGGAACAAAUGCUAGUAUAUAUUGAAAUAAUGUUGUUAGCUUUGCUCACUAGCUUUGUUUCUGUGGUAAUAAAAAUGAUGUAGACCACUGAUA